ACGGAAGUAGUGCGAGGCGCCGUCUCCUCCUCCAUUUCGCUUCUCCUUAUUUUCUGGGGAUUUUUACAGUCAAAUUAAAAACCAUAUCAUCGCCCCGAAACUCAGAUUCCUCCCCGGAAUCUCAUCGCUUUCCGCGAGUUUUAGAUUGUUAAAAACUGCAACGACGAGAGAAAGAGCCACACGAUUGAAAGUUUAACAGUCGGAGAUUAUGGAGCCCUAGAAUGUCCAUUAAUCUCAUGAGGUUAUGUUUUGGAUGAUAGAGACUUGCGAUAAUGAGUACACGAAGAAACGGCUUUUCCAAGCAGCGAGGUGAGAAAGUUUGUGGUGAAGGAGGGGUGAAUUGGAUUUUAAUCGCAGGUGGAGCUUUGUUGAGCACUUUGUCUAUACGCUUUGGGUGGAGGCUAAGGCAGUCGAUUGAUUCCAAACCUCAAUCCAAUGCCUCUCUUGGAUUAAAAUGUAAUGGGACGUCUGAGAGGGGAAAAUCUGUAGGUUGUUGUUUGCUGCACUCCAACACGUCUUCUUGUGCGCAUAAUGAUGAGUAUUGUUGCUUCCACUCCAAUUCAGGAUCUGAACAUGUGGAGGGAAAAGAGGAGCCAAACGAGCAAAUGGUAUCUGCAUCUGACCCUUCACUGCCCCUUGUGACAGUUCCUGCUUACAGCAAAGAGAACGGGGUCAUGUGGACUUCUUCUCCUGAUCGCCUGGAACUUCCCCCGAAACCAUACAAUCACCAUUCCACCUGCUCGGAUUCUCCUUGCGUAUCUGAAACCAGCUCAGACAUCUUCAGCAAACGAGAAGUAAUACAGAAGCUGAGGCAACAGCUCAAGAGGCGUGACGACAUGAUACUGGAAAUGCAAGAACAGAUUCUAGAGCUGCAAAACUCGUAUAACGCACAGCGGGCACACUCUAGCCAUCUCCAGGCACAGCUAGACUCGAUGAACAGAGAUCUGUUUGAAUCAGAAAGAGAAGUUCAGAGACUGAGAAAAGCAAUCGCUGAUCACAGCGUGGGAUGUGUAGGUAGCAAUGGCAAGACAUCUCCUGUUGCACCUUGGAGUAAUGGGUUUAUGGACAGCGAGAACAAUUAUGAGUCAAUGGAAAAGGGAUCAAAGGACGGAGAGAGGAUAGAGAUGUUGAGAAAGGAAGUGGAAGAGCUUAAAGAAGUGAUAGAUGGGAAGGAGUAUCUACUUAGGAACUAUAAAGAGCAGAAGAUUGAGCUUUCACAGAAGGUGAAAGAGUUGCAGCAGAGAUUGGACUCUCAGUUCCCAAACAUAUUGUAGGUCCAAAAGGUUAGAGCAUUGUGCAUUCUUUCUUGCUAGUUGUUGCUUCUCUUCUUUUGGUUUUGGUAUUUUCAGCUUCUUAGGGAAAAAUGAACCAUGUACUAAGAAGAAUCAUCUUUGGAGUCUCUCACUCUUGAGUAAAAAUUUCAGGUUCUCUUGCUUUUAGCUUUCGUUUUCGAAUGUUUUGAUUUUGUUUUUUUGGUUGUGUCUUGCCUCUGUAUUGAUGUAAAGGAAAGUAGUAGUUAAGGUUUUGCCACGAGAAUACUUUGCUUUUUAUGUUCCUAUAAAGAGAAUGAACAGUUUGAGGAUUAUAGCAAAUUGUCAAAUGUUAACUAAUGGUGACAAAUUG